AUGUGGUCGUGCCGGCGACACACUCACAGGCCGGUGGAGUUGGCGUUCGAUAAAUAUGGCGAUAAGCUCGAUAGACGGACCUCACCGCUGAUCAUAUUGCAUGGAAUAUUUGGGCACAAGUCGAAUUGGCAGUCAAUUGCGCGAACGCUUCAGCAGCGGCUCGGAACCAUCAUUUUCACGGUGGAUUUACGCAAUCAUGGUGAUUCGCCGUGGUGCGCGUCGAUGACGUAUCCGGAAAUGACCGAGGAUGUGCGACAUUUCAUUAACGAAAUAGUGCAGCGUGAGAUUGGCGUUCGUUCGUGCAUUCAUCUACUUGGCCACUCUAUGGGCGGCAAAAUAGCAAUGCGCCUAGCACUGGAGAACAGGGACACAGAUCUGAUCCGGUCGCUGAUUAUCGAAGAUAUUACUCCCCGCUCCUACAGCCUUCUAGCAUCAUUUCCACGAAUGAUCGAAGCCAUGAAGCAUAUUGAUUUGACGCGUAGCCGUGCUGAAAUUGAGCGUGAAUUAGCCGCAACAGUCAGCGAUCGCACAACAAGACUUUUCCUGAUGAUGAAUCUAGUCACCGAUCGCGGUAGAGCUCAGCAGCGCUGGCGGCUCAACUUGGACUCGAUUGGGCGUCAUUUGCAUGAACUCCGUGGUGCUGGUGUACCAAAUGACGGUGUUUUCCAUGGCAGAUGUUUGUUUGUCUCAGGAGCGCUUUCACAGUAUGUGCUAGACAGCGAUCAUCCCGCAAUCCUAGAAAGAUUCCCGAACGCGGAAUUCUCUGUGAUCCCGCGUGCAUCGCAUUGGGUACAUGCUGGAAAUCCGGACGAUUUUGUGGAAGCGAUUGUAAAAUUUAUUCGCUCUGUUGAAUCUGCUCCAUAA